CGGGAGACCUUUAACAUCCGAUCCUCUCCCUCGUCGUUCGGCCAUUCGUCGGUCGGCCAGCAACGGAAAUACUUAUUUAGUCGUACGCAGUGGACGCCGCACACGCCGCUUCUCUCUCUUUCACUCUCUCUCCACCUCGCAUCUUCGCCACCAAUCAAGCCGCCGAUCCGCACCCCGGUUUAUCGCCCCCGGGUGGUUAUCGCUGGUAUUUUCGCCGCCGGAGAAAGAGUCCAGCCACACCAGCGCGGCAACGGCAGAUCUCGGACAGAUACAUCUCUCCCGGGUGAUUUUUCAAGAUCUCUCCCGAGUGUGAUUACUUUUCAAGUGAUCGAAAGUGGGCGAGAGGAGGAAGGGAGAAGGAGAAUUAAUAAGAGGAAUACCAGUGAGUUGGUGUGGGAACCAGUUUAUAUCGCGACAGUUCCGCUUUCCGAGCUGGUGACUCUUUGGGUAUCGUCAGGAUCAUUUGCGGAUCAUCGGCGGAAUUCGAUCGGUAAAAUUACGAGACUGCACGUUUCGACGGAUCCGCGUCGAGGGAUGAAGACCGCGCGGUAGGAGCAUCUUGAUCUCGGAGGGUUCCGCGAAAUUCGGAAAGCGAUAAGGGUUGCCUCCCCCCUCCUCGCCCCGGAAACCAUGACUGCCAAGGCAAUACUACUUCUUGCGCUCGCGUGCGCGGUAACUGCCGUGCGAGGAGAAAGUACCAAGGACCCAACGCUGUGUGGUCGGACAAAAUGCAAGGUUCCAACGGAGAGAAAAUUCAAAUACAACGAAGACAUCCACUAUGUGUAUACGUAUUCCGUGGAUGUGAGCACGAAUCUGGGCUAUGACAAGCUGUCGUCUCGUCAAUCGAAAAACGAUUCGGCCUUGUACAUCGACGCCACCCUGUCCGUGCACUUCAACAGCCCCUGCGAGGGCACCCUAAGAAUUCUGAACGCCAGCAUCAGCCACGAUCGUAGCGCGUACAAUCCCGAGUUUCCGGAUCGCGCCGGCUCCGAGUUCAAGGCCAAUCUCGAGCGCCACGAGCUGAGGUUCACCUUCGACGACGGGCUGAUCCACGAGCUGUGCCCGGAUCGGCGCGAGCCGGUCUGGGCGCUGAACAUCAAACGGGGCGUCCUGUCGAUGCUGCAGAACAGCAUGCGGCGCUUCGACGUGGACCAUCGCGGCGACGAGGUGGACGUUCACGGCGCAUGCGACACGCACUACCGCUUGUACGAGGCCAAGAGGACCAGUCUGAUCGUGAAGAAGAGCAAGAACCUGGCCGACUGUCGUUACGGCCCCAAGUACUUCUCCGUCGUGCAGUCGAAUCCCUACAGAAGUCCGCGGAAGCAGCACCGCCAGCACGGACUGUUCAAGUCGCGCAGCGAUUGCGAGAUCACGAUCGAUCACAACGUCUACGAGAAAGUGGUCUGCGAUGAGGUGCGAUUGUUGCAGCCGCUAUCCAACGGCGUCAAAGCCGGCGCCAAGACCGAGUCUCGGACGAUCCUUCAGCUGGUUCAGGAAACGACGACUUCCACCUACAGAUUUGAGGAGGACGAAGACAACGAUGACGAGAGAAGAGAUGAUGACGAGGAUAACUUCGUGCGAAGCGUACCUCGGAUCAGGAGGACCAUGUUGUUAUACGACCACGCGAAGACUCUGAAGACCAUGCACGGUGAGCUGCGGACCUCCCGAGACUUGCUGAAGAGCAUGUGCAGGCUUGGGAGCACCGAUGAGUUGCAGCAGAGAUUCUCCGAGAUAUUCACUAAUUUCGUCCAUUCGGCUCGCUUCCUGGAUUACCCCUCGUUGUCGCAGCUGUUCAGCAGAGCCGACAGCAUUUGCAAAAACGGAAAGAAGCAUAUUGUCGCGGCACUGCCGUAUUUAAACAGCAACGCCGCGGUGAGCGUGAUGAAUAAUUUGAUAAUCAAGAGAUACGUGAAUCAAGCGAUCGUCAACGACUGGAUCGUCACUUUCGCUCUAUAUCCACGACCGGAUCGCAACACCAUCAAAGCUCUUUCGAAGCUACUGGACUUCCACCAUCAAAUUCCUCACGUCCAGUUUAUUCUCAGCUACUCUACCAUCAUUCAUACGUAUUGCAAAAACGAUGCAGAUUGUACCGAUCUGGAGGAGGUGAACGCGCUUCUGUCGCAUCUUCAACAGAAAAUUUCGCAAGGUUGCGAGCCCCGUUUUCAUUCUUCCGUUGAGAGAAAAGAGACGCUGGAAGCUUUGAAAGCGAUAGGCAACAUGGGACUCGAAAUGAAAGAUAUGCGAAGAGAACUGAAGAAGUGCAUAGACGACACUGGCGGAUUCUUGUCUAUGGAAGUUCGCAUUGCUGCCGUCGAUGCUCACCGUAGGCUGCCGUCCUGCGAAGAGACACGGGAUGAAUUCUUCCUCGAUUAUUACCGUAACACGACGUUAGACACGGAGAUCCGUAUUGCCUCUUACUUGCAGGUGAUGCGUUGCCCCGAUUACAAUGUUGUCAAGACUAUCAAGCACACCCUCAAAGUAGAAGAAGUCAAUCAAGUCGGUUCUUUCGUAUGGAGCCACUUGACGAAUCUCUACAACUCUGCCUCGCCUACCCGAGUCGAGAUCCAGAGUCUGCUGACGGAUCGGGACAUCGGCAACAAGUUCAACAGCGACGUUAGAAAGUUUUCGCGCAGUUACGAGAACUCCUUCUUUUCCGAAGAGUAUGAUGUCGGCAUGAACUAUCAGACGAAUCUGAUCUUCUCGCCGAAAUCGUACGUGCCACGAACGCUCACCUUCAACGUGACCACCGAUCUCCUCGGGCAGUCCGUGAAUCUGUUCGAGAUCACGGCGCGAAUGGAGGGUCUGGAAUAUUACGCGGAGAAUCUCUUCGGUCCGGACGGCAUCUACAGCAACGAACAAAUUUCGAGUCACCUCCAGAAUUUCCUCAGGCGUUUCAGAUCGACGUCGGAGAAUGAGAAUUAUUGGGACGGCGUGAAACGGCUGCCUAAUAUUAUCGACAACAAUUUCGAUCAUCCGAAAAUAAGUCUCGGUUACAAGAUAUUCGGAAACGAAUUGAUGUUCACGACGCUGGACGGCGACAAGCAAGUGAGGGCUGCACUGGCGAACUUCAAUCCCUUGCAGAAGAUAAGGGAGUUCUUGGCUAUGCAGGAGAUCCUCUACGAGAAGACAGGGAUGUUCUUGGAUUCUUCUUACGUAGUACCGAUGGGGUCCGGUCUGCCAAUUCGUUUGGACCUCGCCGGUUCUGCGGCAUGCUAUUUCAAGAUCUCAAAAAUGCUCAACGACGCUCGACUCUCCGAUAAGGAAUUUCAACUCACUGCCAAUAUUGCUUCCAGUAUAAGUGUUGAUAUGAUGAGCACAAUGACGGUGGACGCUUUUUACAAAUCCGCCGGGCUCAAGCUGCGAACGAAUCUUUACUCUUCCGGAAUUAUGCAGCUUCAUCUGAAUCUAAACAACACCCGUUUGGUGCACGUGAGUCUGGGUUUACCGAACCGCAAGAUCGAGAUGUUUUCAUUAGUCUCGGACGUCGCUCUUAUCAAGAGCAACGGUGGCGAGGUGCAGGAGAAACCGCUGGGCGUUCUGGUAGCCGAUCAAAAUCAGAAAAACUCGCGACAUCUUGCAGCCGUACCCGAGAAUAUCAUCAGCAACACCACCUGCAGCUGGGCCGCCUUGGACAGACUGAUAGGUUUAAAGAUGUGCACCGAUUAUCAAUUUACAAACGUGACUAAGGAUUCCAGUGCGCCCUAUUUCGUAUUAAACGGUCUCACGCUCUUCAAGGUCUCCUUGAUCAAAGCCGAUCCAACUGCCAAAAAUUACGUGUUAGAAUAUAGCUGGAGUAAGACCGAGGAGUAUAACACAUUCAAGUUAAUGUUCGACACGCCUGGCUCGCAGGUGAAUAGGGAGAUAAGCGCCGUUAUCACUUUCGACAUAAUAAAUAAUAACGUUACUGCUCUAUUUCAUUCGGCUGGUAAUUCUAUGAUCGCUAAGGGUACAUAUAAACGUUCCGAAGACGAGAUUUUUAUGGAUAUCGGUUUUGAUAUUAAUGGCACAAAACACUUGGAUGCCAGUGUGGGUUACUCGAGGAAGAAGUUCAAUUACGGUUAUACCUAUCAUCCUGUAGCACAUUUAAUUAUCAAUAACGAACGCGUUGCUGCCUUUUCAGGUGAUAUUAGAAACGCGCAGAAGAACAAUAUCUCCCAGUUCGAUAUAGACCUGACCUUCCAAACGAAGCGAGUCUGGAGCCAUUUGAUCGGCUACAUUGUCAGGCGGAAUAUCAGCCUGGCCGGCGAUUUUCAGCUGGAGUAUCAGUUGCAACGUAUGCCGAGGAAGGAGACUCUUCACUUGGAGGUUUCGCUAUCCAAUCGCUCGUCGAAGACGCUGACGCACAAGGCCGCCGAAAUGAAGCUGCACUCCACCGCCUAUCCGCAACUCAACGCUGUGAUGAGCGCCUGGUACCAGCAAGCACUUGGCCACGUGGAGAUCCACGCCGAAGUUAAUUCCAAUCCGCAUCUUAAGGACGACCGGCACAAGCUCACGGCGCAGCUCAUUGUCUCCUACACGAAGAUGUACUUCCAGACUCAGGGCACGAAGGUGAACGCGUUGAUUGCCCUCACCAAACCCAUUCAGAAUUUGGAUCUCAAAAUGGGGAUUAAUCACCACGUCCUUGGCCCCGAAACGAAGACUAGCUUGCUCAUAGGAUACGCACCGGGCAAGGAGAUCAGCCUGGUCGUCAACGUCAUCAUGCCGCGCGGUUUGUUAUUUUCCAUGGAAGGCCACACGAACCUGACGAUCCCGAAUUUCAACUCGAUGCUGAUCAACGCGCGUAUCAACGAGCGUUCGCGAAACGAGUACGACCUGGAGUUCUCCGGAACGUGGUUCAGCGGCCACAACAUGACCGCGCAUGGCGUCUACAUCGAUCGGUCGCUGGCCGUCAUCGUCAAUCAUCAUCUGAAGAUGAUCUUCAAAUCGCCGAGCUUCGUCAGUCCGAUUUUGCUCAACUGCGACUUGUAUGAGGACCACAGCGAUCUCAAGGUCAGUCUGUAUGCCGAGCAACUGGACUACGAUAAGUACGCGUUAGUGCUGAAUCACACGGUGCUGUCGGCGACCAGCCUGAUGUCUUACGUGGAAGCGAGAUACCGCAGCAACGUGUACUCGGUGAUGACGAAUAUCGAUACCACGCGAGAGAUUCGCGUUGAGCUACAUCUGGAUAAGUGGCGAGACGUGCAUCUGACCCUGAGCGGUAUCAAUCAGGAGGAUCGGAAGGAGUUUGCGGCGGAGAUCAAGUGGGACGCUAAUAGGGAUCCCGCCCUGAAGCUGGGCACGAUGUUGCAGUUGAACAGGGUGUAUCUGAUGAACGCAACUUCCCCCGGGACCAAACGAAACGUGAUGAUAAUGUUGACCUAUCCGGGUCGACUGGUAACCGGCUCUUGUGACUUGGUCGUACGUAGUCCGCACAGUUACCUGGUGGAUGUCACUCUGGACUGGGAUCCGGAAAACGCGAUCAAGGCGUCGAUCGGCGCGAACUACGUCGUGCAUCCGGAAAUAACGACUGUCAAGUUGGAAUCGCAACUGUUGACGCCUUUUGAAAACUGGAAGAAGACCGCCUUGAACGCGAGAUAUCAGCAGCUACCGGACAAGAUUCUAGCCAGCAGCAGUGCUCACUGGAGAGACUCUCAGCAUGUGAUGGCGGAAUUCUACGCCAGUGCGAGCGAGCACAAGGAUCUGAAGGAGUGGACGGCGAACUGCGGCUUGAUCAGCACCGUCCAAUCCAACUCAUGGGUGACCAUGAACGUCACCCACAAGGUAUUACGCUCGCAAACGGCGGACACGCACAUGUUGAUUAAGUACAACCCCGACAAGGUAAUCGACGCGCGCAGUGUCUGGCACUUGGACAAGCAGUCGGACGACGUAUUCAAUCUAACCGGAAAUCUGCAUUUGCACUCGCCUCUGAUGAACUACCGGAAGAGCGAGCUCAAGUGCCAGCUGCGCCUGAUGACUAACUGGAAAUUCUACGGCGCGGCCAAUCUUGACCUGGACAAACGCAAAUACACCGGCCAAUUGAUCGGCGAUCUCGUACGCUGGAAGGAGUCCAAGGUAGAGUUCAACGUUACCACGCCGCUGGAGAAGUUUGCCUUCGUUCGCGGCAGGUUCGGCCUGUCGGAGAGCAACCACCACGUGGUGGCGGAAGUUGUCACGCCGACCGGUCCCGUGGGCGUUGAGGCGUUGUGCCAAAUCUUCACCGCCGCUUACGACUUCAACAUCAAGCUCAUGCUGGCGACGCCCCUCGAGGUGCUGCAAAAAGCGUUGUUGGUGGCCAAGCUGAACAGGCGCGACGCCGACUUCAGGAUCGGCUACAAUAACAUCACGGCGGGCUUCCUCGGCACUUGGCACUAUCAUAACAUCACCGAUUUCGAUUACACCUACAUAGUGCUCACGCCUCUCGAGGACUUUGAAGAGUGCAGCGUGAUCACAAAAUUGAUCGUAACGCGUACACAGGCCGAGAAUAUGUUGAACGUAGAUACAGAGUUCUCGGUGAGAUUGGCGGACACCAAGUUUGGUAUCAAGGCUAAAGGUGGACCGAAACCACCGCCCGUUAAAAUUCCGUCAAAACCGGGGAUUACGAGUUCGGCGAGUGAUUCUGAAUUGUCAGAAGAGGUGGAAGAGGAGGAAGAGGAAGAAGAUAACGAGGGUCUUUAUUGGCGAGGGGAAUUACAGAUAUGGCUUGCAAUAAUCCCAAACAUAUUGACAGAGCUGGAUAUCGAUACUGAUGGCGAUACUUAUAAGAUAUUAGGCAUAAUACAAUUGCCACCCAAUAAAAUUGUUAUAGACGACAGCUUUACCAUGGAAGAUGUUUUUCAUAUAAAAAAUGAUCUACAUAUUGAUGUAACGUUCAGCAAUAUUAGAGAGAUAACAUCUUCAUACGCGUUUGUCAUCGAUAUGGAGACUCAAAACUACCUUAUGAGUAUGGAUUUAAACGUCAGAAAAAAUACUACGUGGUUCGAGACUGGAUUUUAUGGCAAUUAUACGUAUCAAGGCAAUAAAAAUAGUAAUCGAAAGGCUCAUUUUGUGAAAUUCGACAUAAAGACACCUUUAGAACUUCUCAAAGCCUUCCGUACUAACGUGAUCUUAGAGGUCGAGGGCAGUCUAUAUAGAGGCACACUCAUGAUUCAUGGAGACCAAUUGAUCUUGAAUAUACUCGGAAACAUAAGGUUGGAGCAGGCUUUGCUGGAUAUGAUGGUUUCGGGUGCGAUCGAUUCACCCGUUAUGAAAAUCCCGAAAACCACGGUCGCCGCGACAAAGAAUUUCACCGGAGAAAUAAAGCAAGUUAAGUUCAACGCAAGAAUAGAAGAGCCUAUAUCCAAAAACAUAUCCUUUGAAUCCGACUGGCAAGUAGACAAGCAUCUCGUGAAAGCUUCCGCGAAGUUGAAAAGCUGGAUAAGGGCUCUUGAAUCAUUGGAGACCGAUAUCCUCUACGACAACGCGAUUCGCGUAAAUAAUACCGCCAAACUGAAUGUUAAUGUAACGCAUCUCGGCGAUCGAGAGUAUCGGCUGAUCGGAAAUUUAAACAACGGCAAGAUCAGCGCCGAUCUACACACGCCACUGUCGGAGAGACCUCAUUUCCAGUUUCACGGUGACUUGAGACAGAUCAACGAAUCGUUGUACGAUGUCAGGGGUGAGCUGAAGGACGAUCUGCAGGCGAAAUCUUACGACGUCAGCUCCGUCAUCUUCGUGGAGAACGACGCUGUCACUUCGGUGGACGUGCAGGCCAAGCCGAAGAGCGCAAACACCGAUCGACUCAUUUUGAGACUGAAGAGGAAGAAAUACGGCCUCCUGCUGGACGUGGACGGCGGAUCGUUCAACGGUACCCUCGACGCGAACGUGGUCAACAAUCUGAAUUGGGACGUGAGAGCCCGCACGGAUAUCCAGAGGGCUGGCGCGAUGGACACCUAUCAGCUGAGCACCUUCAUGAACGUGCAAGUGAACGGCAAUACGACUCUGUACAUUCACGCCGAGACACCCUGGAACGACAGCAGGAUCCUGACGGUGAAGGGCAACAUGAUGCUGACCAACACGAGCGGCGAUGUCCGGCUGGAUCAUCGACUGAACAACGAUCGGUGCCACGCGACCGCGAGAUGGAAGCUGGUCUACAUGGAGGACAUGCUCGUGAAACUGAUCACGGGAUACGACAUGACACACCUGGGCAAGAAGGAACUGUCGACACACGUGUUCUACAGGAACCCCGGCCGGCUGUACAGGAACGUCGACGUGGGCUUCGAUCUGGACAUCGAUCGAAAGGCGUGGGAGUUCGAGACGAACGCGACCAUCGGUUUUCGCAAUCAGCAGAACAUCGACGCGGUGUUCGUCAUAAAGUUGCCACCCCCGAACAAUGACGAUCAUCGAUUCCUGGUCAGCUAUCACACCAACAAGCAGAUGCAAGAUAUCUCUUAUGUGGUGGGCUACAAUACCGUUCGGACGAAGAGUAAUUACGCCUCGGACGGAUCGAUUCGAAUGGCCACGCGCGACAUUAACGGGCACUUCCGGCUGACUUGGGGAUUGCUGGCCAUGCAAUCCGUCAACAAUCUCUUCAACAUCACGUUCGACAACAAGGAAAUCGAGCUCAAAUAUUCACUGUACACGCCUCUGUUCCCGCAGGAGGAAACGGUCGUGCUCCUCUUCAAUUACGAUGCCAAUUCCGACGAGCAAAACUUGAUCAACGCUGAUCUUUUUUACCCUUCAGGACGGCAGAUUGGAACUGCAAAGAUAUCUUACGAAAGUUUGAUUAACGUUAACGGAACCGUUAACGCUACGAUAUCUCUGCAACAAUUGUCAUACGUUGGCUGUAAUUUUGUUAUACUUACUACUUUGAAACAGAAUAAAAGAUUCGCCGAGUUCUUUUGGCCUAAUAAUAAUACGGCUUUAUUGAACUCCGAUUACAAUUACUACAGCGAGCGAUUGAAUUCGGAUCUGGAGGGCAUUUUGCACGUAGAAGUUCCUCUGAACGCUCGUCACGUCGGUAUUCUGAAUUACGGUUACAAAAAACGUCACAUCGAGCAAGACACAAAGUCGGGUACUAAAAAACCUAGGCAAGAGACCACUGGCCACGGGACCUUGAUGUACAACAAUCAGAAGGUGUUGGACACGCAGUACAACGCAAAGAGCGAGGCCAGCAGCGGUAUCGAUAAGGAUCGCAUCGAGAUUACGGUGGAGAACAUUUUCAAGCCCAUAGGCAUCGUCUACGUGAACCAGUACGAGUACAGUGGUGGUAACGGGGGCACCAACUAUCCCAAUGUCGAGUUCAAGCAGGUGAACGUCUACCGGCUGGACAACAGCUCGGCGUUCAACAUCUCCGGCGAGUCGAGAAUCCGAACUACCCAUACCGGCCAGAAAAUUCACCUGAAGGCGAUGCACUCGAACAAGACGAUCGCGCUGAAGACGGACUACGAGAUUCUGCCGGGGGAGUUUGACCACAACACCUGCUUGAGCCUGGCCGAGGACGCCUGGGUGUCCUAUCGCGUGAAUAUCCUCAACAUGACCACCGAGGACAUGGAGAAUCAGUUCCUUACCCUCAGUCUCUCCUACCCGCGACGUAACUUCACUCUGGGCGGCUCCUACAGAAUCACCAGCGACGAGGUGAACUCCGCGGCGAAUUUACGAUGGGAACGCGACGACGAGAAGACGAGGAGCGUCGGCGCGAAUUUCGACUGGGCGAACGUCACCGCGGGCACGUCGACGGAGAGUCAGCAGCAGGCCGUGCUGAGUUUCUAUCAUCCAACCUUCGAGAAGAACGUCACGUUAAAGGGUGUACUAAUGAGGGAGGACCGCAGGGAUCUGCUGAAUGUCGCUUUCACCGCGGAUUAUUCCAACGACGAGAACAAGCUGCUGACGUUGUCCGCAUUGCUGAGGGACGAGAGCGACGAGUUGAACAGAAAGUAUAUCUACAAGAUAGCCGGCAAGCACGUCAAUAGCAAUUUGGAUCUCGACAUCGAGGGAUUCGUUCACAGACGAGAAUUCGUUCUGCUCGAAACGGUGAACCACGCUCGAUACGCGCGCAGUUACAUGCCGAGUGAAAUCGGAGAACUGAUCGGUCGGAUCGAUCGGAGAUCGAGGGAAAUAGUCUAUCGGCGGGUGAACAACGACGCGGUCAAAUAUUUCGCGAUCGGUUAUUAUCCUACGCCUUCUCAAUACGUCGUAAAUGGUAGCGUUAUCAAUACACCGGAACUUAACGCCACCGGAGUUUUCUUCUUGGACCCGCGUGAGAAACUCACUUGGAUGAUGGUGAAUUACACGCCCGACGCGACAGUGAGCUUAAGAAUGCACGGCAAUAUUCCGGACGCACGGAACGCCAUAUUCAAUAUUUGGAGAACCUACGAGGACGACUUAAAAAUUUCGGACGUUUCCUUCUACCUGAAGCUAAACCACUCGAGGCUCGUUACUUCAACUCUACGAUGGCGGCCGGAACUUAAGAGCGAUAUUAUUACUACUGUAAAAACGACGUACGAUGACAUGUGCAAAAGCAUGCACGACGACGUUGAGUAUUGGAAGCACUAUAUAAAGAACGAAGCAAAAAGUGUCAUUAUGGAUGUGUGGGAGGAUGCUCAGGAGGAUAUCUCGGGAUUCCUUGACGAUUGGAACGAUUUGAAAAUUCUCGAGCAUGACUUUGAAAAUCUCAAGCGGUAUCUGAACGAUUCCUAUAACGCGAAUGACUUUUACAUCAAGGAUAUCAUCGGUUUCGGUAUAUACGUUAUCGACGAACUGUCUCUGCGAAGUCACAUUGAGUCCCUUCCUAACAUCCUGAAUGAAAUCUGGGAGAAAAUGGGCGAAUCCGGCGAAGCCUUGCGAAAUUCGUUGCUCUGGUUGAUCGAGACCAUGAAGAACGCCUACAACAAGGUGUCCGAGAUCACGGCCGCCGUGCUGAAGGGCGAUUCACUGUCGCAGGUGGCGAGUAUAAUCGAGAAGCUGAUCGAGAAAUACGACAUAUUUAUCAAGGACCUGCACGUGUCCUUCAUCAAGUACAUCGAAAAUCUGUGGAGCACGAUUUUCUCGUCCAUCUCGGAGCAAUGGUACCGCUUCUUGCAACUCAUGGAACCCCUGUUCAUUCGCUUCAUCCAUUAUCUCGAGACGCUCGCCUGGAGGGCGAGCAAGGAGAUGCUGGACUUCUUCUACGACCGUAAGAAAGAGCUCAUCACGUCGCCGUACUUCGACCGCUUCACCAAUUUCACCCACGACGUCGACAAGAUCUACCGCGACAUCAAGGCGAACGACAUAGUGACCAACGUGCACAAGUACUCGGGUCUGAUGAUACAGUUCGUGAAGGAGCGCUACUUCGCCUUCGUGCCGUUCGGCAAGGAGCUCAAGGACGUCGUGGACGAGAUCGUGACGGAGCUGAAGGAGCUCCGGAAGCUGCCGUCGGUCAACUACGCCGUCGAGAAGCUCGAGCAGCUUUAUGACAGGAUCGGCUACUUCUGCGAGUACUUCGAGGUCAAGCUCAAGAUAGAGAGCUUCAUUCGGCUGGUGCACGCCAAGAUGAUGGACAUCAGUCAGACGGCGCUGCAGGCCGAGAGCCGCUACAGGGAGGCCAAGACCAUGUUCAUCUUCGAUCCCAAUGAGGGCCUGAUGUGCCUGGAGCAGAAGCUACCCAUGUCCUGGCACGCCUUCAAUCAGACGCCCGAGUUCCACGAGAUACCGGAGAUCAGGGCGAUCGCGGACGUCAAGACGUACUUCGUCACCUCGAACACUACCUUCUGGAGCCUUUACUAUCAGUACAAGCCGUACUCGGAACUGUCGAACUGGUUACCGCCGUUCAAAGCGCAAGCCAUGAUUAUCGGCUCCCAGCAUUAUAUUACUUUCGAUGGCCGUUACUUUGAGUUCGCGGGAAAUUGUACCUAUUUGUUAGCGAAGGAUUUCGUGCGCGACACUUUCGCAGUUCUAGUGAAAUAUGAUCAACAAGAAGAGGAAAUUACUCACAAGAUCAUAGUGCUAAUUGGAAGCAACGCUAUCGAGUUGGACCUCUUCAAUGAUACGAUGAAGCUGCUCUCCCAGAAAUCAGCGAAUGUCACGAGCAACCUGCGGCUGCCGAUUGAAUUGGACGACGCCACGUAUGUUUAUCAAGUGGAGAACGUGGUGAUGGUGGAGCGCAAGCACAACCAAUUCCGACUGGAGUGCAAUUUCAAGUUCAACCUGUGCACCCUGGAAUUAUCAGGCUGGUACUACGGGAAGACGGCCGGUCUCCUCGGCACGAUGAGCAACGAGCAGCUGGACGACACCCUGGGGUCGAACAAGCUGUUCCUGAGGGACACCGGCAGCCUCGCUCACAGCUGGUCCAUCGACGAGAGCUGCGCCGACACGGCGAACCACGCCAGCAAGGUUCAACAGCAGGAUGACACGGUAUCCACGUUCUGCUACGAGCUAUUCCAGAACAAGAGCUCGGAAUUCGGCGUCUGCUUCGGCGUGAUCGACCCGACCGAGUACUUCGGCAUGUGCCUGAGCAGCCCCGCCGAGACCGAGGUGUGCACGGUGGCGAUGUCGUACAUGCAGAUGUGCCUGUUCCGCGACACUUACCUGCGGAUACCCGACCGGUGCACCACGUGCACCAUGAUGGACGGCAGCCAGGUGGCGGAGGGCCGUUUCAAGAAGCUGGAGGGCGACAAGGUGCCGCGAUCGGCCGACGUGGUGUUCAUCGUCGAGGCGAAGAGCUGCAAUCGCGACAUAAAGAUGAACAGCAGCAUGGAACAGCUGAUCACGCAGCUCGAUAAGGAGCUGGACGAGCAAGGGCUCACGGGCAACCGUUGGUCCUUGGUGGUAUUCGGCGGCGAUGGAGUGUACGACAGGCCUAGGAGCAUCAUCCUCGACGGGCAGAUCUUCACGAAGAACGUGCCGCGCUUCGUCAACUACUUCGACCACGUGCCGGUCGGCGACGGCAGUGAAGACAUCUUCGCCGCGAUCGGCUUCGCCUCGCGGCUCGUCUUCCGGGCCGGUGUGUCGAAGACCUUCAUACUGAUACCGUGCUCGCAUUGCGAACCGGAGAACCAAACGCUGGAGUAUUCCGUGCUACAUCAAGUACUGCUGGAGCGCGACAUCACUCUGCACAUAGUGAUGGACGGCGACUUCCAGUUCGAGAAGGAGAAGAUCGGCAAGAUUUUCUACGGCUUAGACGCGGCCAAGUCGUACACGAAGAAGGAUUCCCGUGUCCUGACCGGCGACAUGGAUCUGAGGAGGCAGGUCAAGCUCUCCAAGACCGUGCUGGGCUACUGCACGCCGCUGUCCCUGGAGACGAACGGCACGAUAUUCAGCGGGGACAAGCUGCGCCUCGAGAAUUCGUCGAAUGCGGUGAAGAAGUUCGCGAGUGUCUUCUCGAAGAGGAUCGCCCUCACGGCCGAGCCGAAUAAAUGCCAGCUCUGCGAGUGCACCGCCGACAAUAACGGCGUCACGCAGAUGGAAUGCAUGCCGUGUAUAUAUCCGACGCCCGUGUACGUGGAUUACGUGAGUGAGACCUUCAAUCUCAACGAGUCAUUCUCGAUGAUGCCGCCGUUGGACGAUGGAGAUUACGGCCAAAUCGAUAUGGAGAACGACUGAAGUGUAAUUAAGGAAACACCGCAGCUAGAUAAUACUAGAUGCUAAGAUAACUCGCUGGUAUUAGCCGUAUUUAUUUAUAACAUACUUUAUAAUAUAGAUAAUAUACCUACCUCCCUUUCCAUUACAAAAUUUGUUCUUGUCAAUAAAUUGAGGCAUUGAACCAGCUUCUCAUUAAGAAUAUCUAUUGAAAAUAUAUGAGUUGGCACAGAUACGUGCAUUAUUUUUAAAUGA